AUGCCCAAAGUUGGCUUAUCGGACAGUGAAUGGAAAAGGCGACUAAAGCUUUUUGCUGAAGGUCACUUCGAUUUUGGAAGAGGGAAUAAUCCACCUCCGAACUCAAAAUGGGCACGAUCUAUUGAGAACAUUAAGAAGUGCCCUGUCCAACAUGCCAAGGUUGACUUGUUUGGCAAUCCUAACAAAUGUUCCUGUGGCUAUCAUAAAGCAAGGGUGAGUAUUUUAGUUUAAAAUAUAUAUUCAUUCCAUCUGAACAUUGGGGUAGGUAAUGUAAUUACACUGUAAAAAGAACAGUGAGUUGCAAAAUGUCUUAUUAAAUGAUACAAAACGAUUAUUGUGUAGGCUAGCACCGCGACCAUUACCAGACCUGCAACCAGUGUGAGAACAGAUGUGGCCAGCUCUGAGGUAAUACAUAAUAAUUUGCAUGGCAUUUUACAUUCAAAACAUGUACCAUAUUAGUUUGUGAAUCAUAGUGAAUGCUGUACCAGGUACAGCAUAAUUACAAUCUAAUUGAAUUAUUCUCAAAUCUUUCAGAGUGUAGUUUCAACAUCAACGGCAUUUCACGAGGAAACCUCUGACUGGAAUACUGCUGACGAACAAGUAUCCGUGAGUAUCUGUAACAACAGUAUUUUUAAUAGUAUAGUGAAUCAUACUGACAUUAAAUCACCAUGUGAGUUGAAUUGGCAUGCUUUUCCAUCAGUAAACUAUAUAAGUUAAAUUAACAUUUUUCAUAGGAUUCUGACCUUUUGGAAUCAGUUCAUGGUAUAGAGGCUACUCUUGCAGCUAAUAAACCCUUGCAGGUACAGUAUUACCAGUAAUGUUUUCAUGAAUAAGAAACAAAGACCCAUGUUCAUGAAACAUUAUUAAAUAAAUAUUGUUUAAAUAUUCUUUCAGUCUGAAGUUGUGUUGCAAACCAGUGAAUCAACCAUAAUGAUUACAGAGUCACAACCACAGCAGUCAAAGCCAGUUGACAGUACAAACAAGGUAAAGUUAUAAUUCUUGAUUACAGAAUCACAUUGCUUUCAUACAGUAAUUAGACAGUACAGAAGGAGAAAUGAAUACAUGCACUGAUGGUGUAAAUGGUCAGCAUUGCUGCUGUCAUGGCAGCCGGUCUGGGUUCAAAUCCCAGUCAGUGCAAUUAUAUUUCCCCUAGUAAGUAUUUGAGCAUUUUCGGGGCAAACGUUAUUUGUAAAAAGGACACACAUGGUAUUAAUAAUGUUAGAGAAAACUCAAUACUCCCUUAUAUUGACAGAUCCAAAGACCUAAUCAGAAUGACACGUCACUACGGCUACCGAAACAAUGGGCCCUGAACAUGUCAUAUCAGGACCAAUGUUGGAUUGGCAAGGCAAUGUUUGCCAGUAAGGGGAAUUUGGUCUCCAAGCUUAAUAACUGGUGGUAUCCUCCUCCAAGUCCAGCCCCUAAUGCCAGUGGUGUUCCCAACCCUACUAAUUACUUCCUCAGACGGUUGUUCCUGUGGAUGCCAAAAAGGAUGUGGGGUGUUGUACUACCAUGCCCCACAUGCAACAUUCCUGAGAGGACCCUGCAGUCGAAGGGCCUAUACACUCGAGUGAGGUUAGUCCUGGAUAUAAAGGAAUACUAUUAUUUGGCAGCAGAAUACCAUUCUUGUAAGGCUUGUGGCGGCACAUUUAUUGCAUGGGACAACAGGAUCUUGGAACGCUUGCCAGAUGGGAUACGGUUAAAAUUUCCUGUUGUUCUCACAUACAAGUACGCAUGUGACCAAGCCGUGACAUCACUGCUAAGAUCGAGGACUCUGGGAAAUAGCCCUGGGGCUUUGCAGAAUAGCAUCCGCGAGCUUCACAGUGAGCAAUGGAUGCGAAGAUAUGUGAGCUAUCUGAGUGACUGCAAACGGCACCGCACAUCUUCACAGCAGUUCCAACAGCCUCCUGUGGAGUACGAAAGAGCGAAGGAACUGAAGGAUCUACCAACGGCCAAGUGGUUUCUUGCAUGUUAUGUCAGAGAUGUUUACAACAGGCUGGAAUCACUGAAGGCGGUCACUACUUCUGUGCUAGGAAGUGUCCUAAAAAUUGAUUCCACUAAGAAAAUGACAAGGAAGCUACAGGGAAUAGAUAUCAACACGGCUAGCUGGGUGACCAAUGUUGGCAAUGAGAGGGGGCAGGUGCUAAACUCGAUUGUCACAACUUCAGAGAGCAUAGCAUCAUUACAGCCAUUGGCAGAUGGGUUAAUGAGCAGGUUUGAAAGGGCAGGUGUUCAGCCACCGGUACUUCUUUACACCGACCGAGACUGCUGCAGCAGUCAGGAAGGUGAAUCGAAGUAUCAAUUGCUGUUCCAUGCCUGGCCAAACCUGUUGAUUAGGCUCGAUAUUUUUCAUUUCAUGCGGCGCUGUGCAGUCGGCUGCACAAGCGAGAGCCAUCCACUUUAUGGCAUUUUCAUGGCAAGUCUGUCCCGUUGCAUAUUCGAGUGGGAUCAAAGUGAUCUUGAAGCACUCUAUGCAGCAAAGAGGGCAGAGUUGCAUGAAAAUGGGAUAAAGUCUCCAUCUGCCAAGGCUGUAAUGAAUGCUGUCUCGAAGAAGGAGUUGGCAAAGCAUUGUCGAAGACGAACCAGAGGUACAGAUGAGACGGAGAGCCAGUUGACAGGACUGUUCAACUCCCUGGCCAGUGCAACAGAUGUGCUUGGGGUACCUCUUUUUCGAGAUGAAAUGUUAACAGAGAUAUGGCCUGAGCAACGAAAACAUGUACCAUGCAUUCAAGACCCCCCAGGUGUAAGCCUUUACACUGUUACAGGUGAACUGAAGAAAGGUGGCAAAACACUACCGGUGUAUCGAUGUGCCCGUGGCAGCACAUCGUUGGAAAGUUUCCACCUACAUUUAAACAGGUUCAUACCAGGUAAAUAAGGUGGGGAUUAGGUGUUUGGAAAUGGAUAGUUCUGUUCAAAGAUGAGCAUAUUUCAAAGGAAUAGAAAUAUCCAUUUUAAGAUAUCAAAUACUAUAAUUUUAAAAAUAGCAUGACAAACAUCUAGACACACUGUAUAAACUUAUCAUUGGCUUGUUUUCUUUGUGAUUACUCUACUAGGGACAUCAGCUGGUGCAGUUGCUUUCCAAGCAUAUCUAGUGGAAGGCUUGGCAAGGUGGAACAGAGAGAGGGCUGUACAAGACAGGGUGACAGCAGACAAGCUGAGAAGUUUCGACAUCACGCUAAUGCACAGGGUGAAUGCAUUGUCAACAGCGAUUUACGGGGAGGCUGCGCUGACCAACUUUUCGACUCCAUCUCCAUACACUGGAGAAGUAAUCGGGGUAAAAUAUCUACGCUUGCAGGCAGGUGAUUGUCCAGAUGCUGUGCAAGAUCUAGACAGAGAAAUAGAUGAGGCAUUUGGGGAGUUUGAGAUGGGAAGUGAUGAGGAGGAAGGAGAUAGCAGGACAGAUGAAACUGUGGCACAUCCUGAAGACAGCAGCGAUAGCGGCAAUGAGGUAAUAUCCAAAUGAGAACUUAUUUAAAAUCUUCAUCUCAUUGCUCCUGAGAUGUCAUUUGUUAUUAUAAUUAUAUAUUUGUUUUGUUUUUUUACAUAGGAAGAUGACGAGGCAGCAUUGGAUGCAUCAGGGAUUCCAGGUUGGGAUAAAGUUGGAAAACUCGCAAAUGCUCUUCUGGCUUUGGACAGCCACGUUACCAACAAACAGGCUGGUGAAAUCAAACAACUUUAUCUCAACUUGGAUGAAUACGACAAGAAACCCUUGAUGUUUAGUCCACGUUACAAAAAAGCCAAAGGCCGCUUCCUGAAGAAGAAGAAGAAAACAGGGCAUGUUGGCACUGAGGCAAUGGCAAGGUAUGUAAAAUGGAAAACAAAGCUAACAAUCGUCAUCUUGGGGAGGCGUUUAGUGUCGGCUGCGGUGUGGAUGGAAAAGUCUUGUUUGUAAGGAUCACACAAGCCUACAAGGGCCUUUGCUCAAAACGUUGAGAAGUGUAUUUGUGUUUUGUAGGCUUGUGUGAUCCUUACAAACAAGUCUUUUCCAAGAAUAACAAUAAGUUAAAUAGCUAAUGAUUCAUUGUUGGUUUUUAUUAUAUAUUUCAGAACAUUUGUAACUGGUGGACAAGUGGCACGAUGUCCUUCAAAAAGUAGACUCGUAGAAGCAGUCAUGAUACGAUUGACUGGGGAGGCAGUGGAACAAAGGGCAAAAGGCCCAGACAGUCCCUACCUUUCCAAAUGGAAGGUGGUGCUGUUGAGGUACAAUGCCCUGAGGAACACUGUCGUCAACAGUCGCCUCUACGACAAUACAAAUCUCCAACUCUAUCCAGUUAAUGAGACAACAAUUUCCAAAUGGUAAGUGUUCAUUUAAUACAAUAUAAAAGUUAUAUAUAUACAUAUAUAUAUAUAUAUAUAUAUAUAUAUAUACAACACUAGUUCAAUAUAUUUACAUAUUUAUUAUCAUAUUAAACAGUUUAUAAAAUUGUUCAUUUCCUUACUGUUUUUCAUAGGUACAAGAACAAGGCAAGAGUGGAUGAGGUCAAGCUGCUAUUACAAGGCCUAUCAGUUCCAAAUCCACCUCUUGCUGCAGAUGAUCCCCUACCGGAACCACUAGAACUACAGCCAAAUCCAAUGCCAGUGAUGCCACCGCCUGUUUCUACCAAUCCAUCGGUACCAUCAACAAGUGUUGUUGCAGAAGAUCCAGAGCUAGUGAUUGUAGAAAAAUCUCAAAGGAUCCCAUCCAAUUGUAAGUAGAUAAUGAUCCAUAAUAAAUAAUAAUUACCAUUGAUCUCCCUAAAAAAGGCAAAUACUAAAUAAGAUUUAUGUUUUUAGUACCAAGAACCACCGCUUGGAGAAAAAGAAAAGCCGAAGCCCUCCAGAAAGAAGCAGAGGCGGCCAGAUCGCAAGGACUUCCAUCCCCCAAGAAAGUCAGGUUGGCCUACACAUGUAAGAAAUGUGGACAGCCACAGAAUAAGGAAACUGGCCACUCGCAGUAUUAUGGCCAAACAUAUUGCCCAAAUGAGGAAGGCCAGAUCCCAAAGAAUGAGUGGCUAAAGAAAAAGGCUGACGAGCGAAAAGCAAAAAAACAAUUAAACUUGUAAAUAAUUUGUAAAUAUUUUCAGCCAUGAAAGCAACAAUUUCGAUAUUUUAUACAACUUACUAUUAUUUAAAAUCAACACAAAUAUAUCUCGGAAUAUCCUUACAAGUUGUAUUUACUUCCCCAGGGAAAAUAGUCAAGAAAUGCUCAAUAAUCUUUCAGAAAACCACGAAGAAUAUACAAAUUUCACUCCUGUAAUAUCCGCCAUCUUGGAUAUUCCAAUAGUGGUAGAUCCAGUCCCCCAAGAUGACACCGAGCGUUCCAAAAUCCCAAAAUCCCAAUGUUCCAAUGUUCCAGAGAAGAUCAGCUUACAAUUAGCGCAAAAACUGGGGCAAGAUCUUCUCUGCGAAGGGGGAAAAGGGGGGAAAGAGGGAGGGAGAAAGAGGGGAGAAUUUACUGGGUUACCUGUUGCAAAUAAAAAGGAAAAGACGCAUUUGGGGUACCUGUGUUAUGCGAGCAUAGGUGUUGUUGCCGUGGUUACUGUUGGCGUCGUUUUGCAAGCGAUUGUUAACAAAUAUCCUCGUGGUGCUUUUUUGAGCGAAAAAUCUUCAAAGAAAGUUAAUUUUUACGGCUAUUUUGUGUUGUAG